UUAUUUGGUAUAUAAUAAUACUUUGAGAGUAAGAUAUUUCCUUUCUUAAUAAAAUUGACGUAGCACAGCUGUUCUGAAAUUCUGACCGUUCAAUUAACCCAAAAAAGAGAAAGAAAUUGUGAAGGAUGUUUCCACUUGCAGCAAAGGAACCCCACCUUUUCACAGCAAAUGUUGCAGAAAACCCAUUUCAUAUUCAAGUGUUUUAGAAGGAUUAAAUGGCUGAAAAAAGUUUCCCACUUCUUCAACAUGGCAACAAAGAUGUGGUUUUUAGUGAUUCAGGUGUCAAGAUUGUUGAAUGUUCUUUUUCUCUUAAGAGAGUUAGUUUGAAAGCAAAUGGGUUUUUUGCUAGUGUUAAUCAAGCUGGAAUGGGUUUUGCCAUCUCACCAAACCCUCAAAUUCCACUCCAGAGUACUGCAAAGUUCCAUUUUGCCAGUCUUGUUUCAAUCUCUGAGCCCGGGUAUCUGGUUUUGGAUGAUGAACUUGAGAUUGCUGAGAGGUUAGUGGAGAAGAAGAAGAAGAAGAAGAGUGGGUUUAAGUUUAGAAUUAAGAUUGGGAAUGCGUCAUUAAGGAAGUUGAUGAGUGGGGCAGUCGCAGGUGCGGUAUCAAGGACUGCUGUGGCUCCAUUGGAGACCAUUAAAACGCAUUUGAUGGUGGGAAGUUGUGGGAAUUCCAUGGCUGAAGUGUUUGAUAACAUCACCAUGAGUGAGGGAUGCAAAGGCUUGUUUAGAGGCAAUUUAGUAAAUGUCAUUCGAGUGGCUCCAAGCAAGGCUAUCGAGUUAUUUGCAUACGAGACAGUCAAGAAACAGUUGACGCCUGAACAUGGGGAACAUCCCAAACUCCCUCUGCCAGCCUCAUUCAUUGCCGGUGCUGUUGCCGGAGUUAGCUCGACAUUGUUGACGUACCCUCUCGAGUUGCUCAAAACUCGUUUAACUGUCAAUGAAGAUUACAAGAAUCUAUUUGACGCGGUUGCGAAAAUUGUACAGGCCGAAGGACCGGGAGGACUAUACAAAGGCCUCACUCCAAGUGUGAUGGGGGUGGUUCCUUAUGCUGCCUCUAAUUAUUUUGCUUAUGAUACACUAAGAAAUGCUUAUAAAAAAGCUUUUAAGAAAGAGGAAAUUGGGAAUGUUAUGACUCUUCUAAUAGGAUCAGCGGCCGGUGCGAUCUCGAGCACGGCAACUUACCCUCUCGAGGUGGCUCGGAAGCAGAUGCAGGCUGGUGCUAUUAAUGGAAGACAAUGCCACAACAUGAUUCAAGCAUUGACAAGCAUAGUUGAGAAAGAGGGGAUGGCAGGGCUUUAUAGAGGGUUGGGACCAAGCUGCAUGAAAUUGGUCCCUGCAGCUGGGAUUUCAUUCAUGUGUUAUGAGGCAUGCAAGAGGAUAUUAGCAGAGAGCGAAGAAAAAACUGUGUGAAUGAUAUCCUUGAAAACCAGAAAUCCUUUCUUUCAAAGCCAAGAUCAAUCCUUUUAGAUUUUAGCAUUUUGUGGUGCAAAUACAUCUAUCUAUCUAUAUAUAUAUAAAUAAGAUGAUUUUUUUUCUUUAAA